AAAACACAUACUGCGUUUCGGCUGUCUAAGUAUUCUUGUGCUCCAAGACGCUAAGCUAAGCUUACCUAUUUGAUUUGAGAUCACUCUCAUCCAGCAGAGAGAGAGAUCUGAAAAAUACAGAAACCCAGAGAAAAUGGAGAGUGUAUUCGGAUUGGUGGGCAAGGGUUUUGCUUUGGUGGUGGCCGAUUCAUCGGCGGUUCAUAGCAUACUGGUCCACAAAUCCAACGAAGACAAGAUCAUGAUUCUUGAUUCUCACAAGCUCAUGGGCGCUAGCGGCGAAGCUGGUGAUAGAGCUCAAUUUACGGAGUAUAUACAGAAGAAUGUGGCGUUGUAUCAGUUCCGGAAUGGAAUUCCGUUGACUACUCCUGCUGCUGCAAAUUUCACCCGAGGCGAGCUUGCUACUGCCUUGCGAAAGAACCCAUAUAUGGUGAAUAUCAUUCUGGCUGGCUAUGACAAGGAGACAGGCCCUUCUCUAUACUUCAUUGAUUAUAUAGCUACACUUCACAAGGUUGACAAGGCUGCAUUUGGUUAUGGCUCUUAUUUCUCACUUGCCAUGAUGGAUAGACACUACCGGAAUGACAUGUCAGUGGAAGAAGCUAUUGAUUUGAUUGACAAGUGCAUAAUGGAGAUACGAUCCAGGCUGGUUGUGGCCCCGCCAAAUUUCGUUAUCAAAAUUGUUGACAAGGAUGGAGCGCGGGAGUAUGCAUGGCGUGAAUCUAUUAAGGAUGCCUCCAUUCCUGCCGCCUGAGGUUUUCUUUGGAUGCUACUAGAUUUUCGUCUCCCUCUUGAUUCUUGGUGUCAGUUUGGACAUCUUACAUGACUGUUGAAUUAUCAAUUUCCUGAAGUGAUUGUUUGAUUUUGUGAUAUGCCUCAAUUUGUUACAAUUUGGUAAAGCCACUUGUAUUAUUUGUCAAUGAGUGAAUUUGUCAUGUCCUUUGUUUUCCCAUUUAGCUAUAACCAUUCAGCCAUGGAUGGUUAGCGGGGAUCCUCAUAUGUUGAACAAAAUAGUGAAUCAACAAACAAAAAGC